GCAGAGAGCUGUAACUUUCACCGAAGUGACGCACCUCCUCCCUACCCAUCUCCCGCAAUUUAAACUGACUCUGACGUCACACCCAUGCACAGGGCACCAGCAAUUUUGCAACCGCCAAUGAAAUAUGCAUAGGAUAAACACUAGAAACGAUACGGUUCCCUUUCAACAGUUUCAGGUACUCUUUAACUCUCUUUUCAAAGUUCUUUUCAUCUUUCCCUCACGGUACUUGUUCGCUAUCGGUCUCGCACCAAUAUUUAGCUUUAGAUGGAAUUUACCACCUACUUUGAGCUGUAUUCCCAAACAACUCGACUCAAAGAAAGCGUAUCGUACACACAGACAACCUGAGCAGAGACGGGAGUAUCACCCUCCAUGCUGCCCUCUUCCAAGGGACUUGUCCCAGGUCACUAUGCUGACAACAGCCUCAAUAGACUACAAUUCGCCACUUGCGUGGAGAUUUUAAGCUUGAGCUCUUCCCGCUUCACUCGCCGUUACUGAGGGAAUCCUUGUUAGUUUCUUUUCCUCCGCUUAGUUAUAUGCUUAAAUUCAGCGGGUAGUCUUGUCUGAU